AUGCAGAUAAUCUUUUAUGAAGAGAGGAACUUCCAGGGACACUCCUUUGAGUGUGCUAGUGAUUGCCCUGUGUUAAGCUGGUAUAUCAGUCGAUGUAACUCCAUUCAGGUGAUAACAGGAUGCUGGAUGAUAUAUGAGCAUGCCAACUACAAGGGGCACCAGUAUUUCAUAAAAAGAGGAGACUAUCCAAAUUUCCAAGAGUGGAUGGGAUUUAACGAUUCCAUCAAAUCCUGUUUAGCGAUUUCACAACACAAAGGAUCUUACAGGCUGAGGCUUUAUGAGAGAAACAAUCUUGGAGGAAGAAUGCUGGAAGCCAUGGAGGAUUGUUCCUCCGUCUACGAUCGUUAUAGUCACAAUGACAUCCAGUCCUGCAAUGUGUUUGAAGGCUACUGGAUUUUCUAUGAGCUGCCCAAUUACAAAGGGAGACAGUAUUACCUGAGACCGGGAGAAUACAGGAGAUUCAGUGACUGGGGUGCUCCCAAUGCCAGGGUCGGUUCCUUCAAGAGCAUUACAGAGUUUUCUUAG